AGAUCUCGCAUCUCGAGGAUGCGGUCAUUCUCCCCCCUGGGAAAUACCUAAGGGAAGGGCUCUGCGCAACCAGUUGUGGGGUAGUCCCGAGUCCUGCCCGCGCCGCCCAAGGCACUCCAUCUGCGUCUUCUCCUUCGGGGUCGUGUGUAUCUUCGUGAUGCUAAACAACAUGGUUUUUCGCAUCAGCGACUCCGAGCUAGCCGCCAGUGACACUUGGCGCUAUAUCCUCAGACGCCAUAUAUCCUUCUUCGGCGAGGAAGAAGGCUUUCAAGGCCUGUUACAAUGGAUCGGCGAGGAUAACCCUUCCUUCGAGCAUCUUAUCACUCUCGCGGGCAGCUUUAACGCAACGAAACCCAGGGAGCCGUUUGCGACGUGGCUUUUUGUUGACGCGGAGUUCCGUGAUCUGGUCUGUAGGAUGACGGUUUUGGAUCCGGCGAGGGGGAUCACGGCGGCGCAGGCCCUAGAGCAUCCAUGGUUCGUGGAGAAUCACGACGAGGGUGUGUUGUGAGGUGGCGUUUGGUUCAUCUUGGCUGGUUCAAGAUGAUACUCUUGUUGUUGUAAGAUUACUCGUGUUGUGCGAAAUUUUGGGGAUGCGCAUGUUAAUUAUCUAGUCGCCGCCUCAUUCUCUCCCAAGCAGAGAUAAACGAGACAGGGCGCUGCAACUAGCGCGGGGAAAUUUACGAAAUAGCAGAAAGUUGUUCAGAAUGACGCUUUGGCGAUCUUCAUUGUUUUUGCGCUGGUAAUGUUUAUGGCUUCCUAUGUUGAGCACACCGAUCGGUGGCGGGGGUUCUGCUGUCACUCUGGGGUUCUCAUCACCGCUUCGUUCUCACCAGUUCUUUCUCGCUAGGGGUAGUUCUGCUGUCAAUGCCGGGUUCUCGUGGAGGAUGCCAUCCUGAAUCCGCCGCCGUGCUUUUGCGACAGGAUGCACCAACUCAUCCACCUCAUCCUCUACAACUAGAGCAGGUGGAUGACUCAUGGUCUGGGAUUCUUUAUCCUCAUCAACCCCAGGUUGUUUGCGAGGCUGCAUUGUUGUCCCAUAUGCGAUUUAAGCGUGCAUAGUAGGCGCGACGUUUAUGAGCUAUGGGAACGAGGUAUCAGGCUGGGACUUCCUCGCAUGUAGAUCAGUCUAGAUGUUAUAGAGAGUUGCUUCUCCGAUCGUGCAAAUCGGUGGGGCUACUAUAAGGGC